GUCCCAAUUUUCCCGCCACAGAGCGCAUGAUAUUUUUUUGUAAUGGGGUUUUGUUGUUGAUUUCCGGAUCCAGUUGUAAAUAAGGGAAUAUGGAGCCGACGGAGGAUAGUGAUGAUGCGGUGGAAAGAAAAUAUAAUGAACUGUGUUUAGACUUGAACAUGGACAAAAGAACAAAGGAAGAGUCAUGGGAAAACUACCAGAAUAUAAAAACAAAGUACACAUUAGAGGGAGAUCAGAUGCACUGGCUUGCUUGUGCUUUGUAUGAAGCCUGCAGAAGAAGUGUAACGCCUACCGUUGGUAGAGGUACAAUGGAGGGGAAUGGUGUGUCCCUGACUAGACUUCUACGUUCAGCCAAAUUCAGCCUCAUUCAGUUUUUUAACAAAAUGAAAAAAUGGUCCGACAUGGCUGGCCUUCCACAGGAAUUUAUUGACAAAGUCAACAAACUGGAGAGGAAUUUUGCCGUAUCCACAGUUAUUUUUAAGAAGUUUGAACCAAUAUUUCAAGAUAUAUUUCAACACCCAGUAGAAAGUCAACACAACAAACAAAAUCGAAACAAAAAACAAAGGAGAAUGCCUUGUACCUCAAAUGAUGUAUUCAAUUUCUGCUGGACCAUGUAUGUUCAAGUCAAAGGACAUUUUCCUGCAAUUAGUGAUGAUCUUGUCAACUCAUACCACCUUCUGUUGUGCUGCCUAGACUGGUUCUACGCAAAUGCAUUAAUGGGUGGAAGAAAAGACCUCCUAAAUUCUUCUUUUGAAGGGUUGCCAGAAGACUUUGCAAAUAAAGAUUGGAAACCACCAUCUGAAUGUCCUUGUAUAAUCAAACUUUUGUGUGAUAAACACGAAGGAUUAGAAAUAGAAGCCAGAGUUAUAAAAGAACACUGGUGGAAACCGCACAUCAAGAAACUCUUUGACAAAAAGAUUUUAAAAGGAAAGCCAGAGACAUUGUCAGCGGUCUUAGAAGUUGGCAACUUUGAUGCCAACAAAAAAUCUAUAAGUGAAGCUUAUGAAGAAUACCCCUUAAAUUAUAGCAGCAAAUGCAUGAAUAACGAAUAUGAAGCCUAUGUGUUAAGUGUUGGGGAUUUUGAUGAAAGGGUGUUUUUGGGCAGUGAGGCUGAUGAGGAAAUAGGGACCCCCACAAAAUACAGAGAGGAAGGUGCCGGAGAGCUGGCAGAAAAACUACAGGCCAAUCUACAGCAACAUUUUGAUGAGACCAAGUCCCUGGCCCCCUCCACCCCUCUGACGGGCCGGCGGUACCUGAAGGAGAAAGAUGUGAGUACCACGCCAGUCUCCACCGCUACACAGAGUGUGGGCAAGCUACAGAAUCUGUUAGUGGGACGCAAGGCUUUACCCAGUGAUGACCUGCUGGAUAUAUUUAGUGAAAUAGGUACAGAUCCCAAAACGAAAAUUAUGGAAAGACUUGAUGAAAUGGGCAAAAUUUUCUGCAACCAUUAUGUACAGGAAACUGAGGACCAUGCAGGUUCACAGAUUGAGUUUGCCCAGAAACGGCUACAGUUAGGAGAAUGUCUGUACUACAAAAUGGUGGAAAGUAUACUGUUUAAUGAGAGAAAGAGGAUGGAUAACAAAGAAGGCAAAGCAGCCCUAGCGACACUGAUGGAACAAGAUAUAUUUCAUAGAACAUUGUUUGCUUGCUGUUUAGAAAUUGUUAUCUUCUCCUACAAUUCUCAGAGGUCCUUUCCUUGGAUAGUGGAAAUCUUCAACCUCAGUCCUUACCAUUUUUACAAAGUGAUAGAGAUAAUUAUCAGAACAGAAGAAGGAUUAUCUCGAGAUGUUGUCAAACAUCUCAAUCAUAUUGAAGAGAGUAUUCUAGAGAGCCUGGCUUGGCGGGGUGAUUCUCCAUUGUGGGAUGCCAUCAAGGAAAGCAGUGUUCCCGGUUGUGAGGAUGUUGUGCUGCCCAAUGACCAUGAUGGGGUGAAAGCCUCACCCGUCAAACAUCCAGCGGUCAUCAGGGUUACGGAAACUCAGCCUCAACAACCAAAGAAAGAUCCGUUGAUGUCCCCGCCAGCAGGUGUCUCGGCGGCCGAUCGCUUCAGCUCCCCGUCACCAGGGAGUGCCAAAAGAAGACUCUUCAGUGUCCUGACCCAGCCCCUCGAUACACCAUUGCCUGUACCAGUGUCCUCAGAAAAUACUCCCACAGAAAACAGCACUAGUUCAGGGACCAAGACUACACAGAUUAUAGCCUUCCAGCAGGCUCAGACAAACGAUGGAAGACAGAUCCUCAUCCCAGUCCAUACUAUAAUCCAUUCAGGAGCAAAAGAUGACAAAAAAGACCCUGCUAAAAAUAGACCCAAGAAAACAGGCUCGUUGGCUCUCUUCUUCAGAAAGCUUUAUCAUUUGGCUAGUGUGAGAUUACGAGAUUUGUGUGAACAAUUAUACAUUGAUGACAUUGAUCUUAGGAGGAAAAUGUGGACUUGUUUUGAGUAUGUUCUUGUUAACCAUGUGGAGUUGAUGAUGGACAGACACAUUGACCAAAUUAUUAUGUGUGCAAUUUAUGUAAUGGCUAAGGUAUCAGACCAUCCACAGUCUUUCACAGACAUCAUGCGAUGUUACAGACUACAGCCACAAGCUGAAAGUCACGUUUACAGAAGUGUUCUACUGAAAUGUCGCUCUAGAAGGAAAUCGGGAGAGAGUGACAGCAGUAAGAAUGGCACAAGUGGCCAAUCUUCCCCAGUCAACAUAGAGAACACAGAUAAAAAGAGAUCAGAAAAAUUGUCAACAAUGAGAUCAACAAGUACGCUCCCCACCCCUCACCCCGGGAGCCACCCCCCUACCCCCACCAUUCUGAUUCAGUCUGCUAGUGGGGGUGAGGAAGGAGAGGAGAGGGGUGAUCUCAUCAUGUUCUACAAUAGGGUUUUCGUAGAGAAAGUUAAAAAGUUUGCACAGAAGUUUUCUGCUCAAAAGAAUUCUAAGGAUUGUCCACCUCUGUCACCUUUACCAGUGGUCAAAAGUCAGUCAGCCUCUCCUAGGCGAGUGUCCAGUAAACACCCUAUUUAUCUCUCUCCGCACAAACCAACCUUACAUGCAACACCCAUGGCAACUGGAUUGUCUUACUCUUUUCAAAAGAGUCCUGCAAAGGAUUUAAGGGCCAUUAACAACAUGAUAAAAAUGAAAGACUUUAGGGAGGGUAAGAAGAUUCUGGGUAAACGUCAACUGGAUGUCACCAUGGAAGAGGAGGAUGCUCCACAGACCAAACAGCUGUGUACAUACUCCUUCUUAAAAAGGCUACAGAACGUUAGCAGCGACAGACAGGAAGCCAGCGUCCUGAAACUGGACUAAUUCAUCUCUUCUUCUGUCAUUAUUCUGUCAUACCGAUCUCAAGAAUUUUUUUCUGUUAAAUUGAAUGGAUCAAUAGAAAAACAAGGACGAGUUCAAUAUGUAUUAUUUUAAAUGCAAUAUCCUACGAAUGGUAGUCCCAGGAAUAUUCGUGCAAAAUGUAGAUUAAGUCCUUGUUUGGUAAUUUUCAGUGUGCAAUCUUCAGUAAAACUCAUUUAGAUAAAACAAACAUUGAAUUAACUCAUCUUAUUUUGAUCAAUUGUCCAUUAUGUGUACAAUUCAUUGUAAAUCACACAAUGUGCAGAUAUGUAUAGUAGAUGUAAGAACAGUUUACAUAGGAAUGGAAUUCUCUUUGGAAUUGUGCUGAUCAAUUUUGCUGUAUUUUUGUACAGUGUGUAAAUAUGUGUACAGUAUCAUUUUGUAUAGUCAGGGAUUUUUUUU